AUGACUUCUCCAUCUACCCCAAUACGACCCACACCCUUUCCCAGACUUGACACACUCUCUACAGACUUACGACAGGCCCAAGAUGACCGCUCUUUGAAAAGGCAAUACCAGAGGAGACAGCACAGCUAUGCAAGUAAUGUUGCAGCUCAGCCAAAAGGCAAGACUGCGCUGCUGCAGGACUUCUCACGAUUCGUUGCGUCCUUCACAGGAGAAGCGGAAGUCUGUUACCAGUUCGCACUCCGUACCUCCUCCGUGGUCAAGCCGGACAUAGUGCAAGCCGCGGUGGUAGCUUACACGAAUGAUGAAACCAGUGAUGACGGACAGACGCAGGAGUGCCUCCUUGACGUUGGCCGUUCAUCGACAGACGGCCUCGAUUUCGACUUUGGAUUUGAACUACUUGCCGAUCCAGACGUCUUUGACUCGAUCAAUCUGGCGCCGACAUUGACGGCUCCAUUGGUUGUGCAGUAUCAUGCCACACAACUUAGUCUGGUCAUGGUUUACGAUACACAACACCUCGAUGACUACUUUGCAGACAUUGCCUGGCAAAUACUGGUCGAUCAGCUCUCGGGCAAUGCGGAUGGCGUAAAGCUGUCAACGAACCAUGCUUCCGUGCUGAACCAUCCUCCAUUAAUGCAUCCUCCACCACUGGCACAAUCCGGAAGAGGUACCCUACCGGUCGGGCUUCUACAUGCUGGCUUUCAAAGAUCAGCCGCCAGAUGUCCAGAACGGAGUGCGCUGCAUUUCCAAACGUCUUCCAGCUCCGGCACGCUGGUCGACGAAACAUUCACUUAUGCUCAACUUGACAAUCUUACGACAUCUCUGGCAUUACAGCUACGCGACACCAUAAAAGCUAGGCCUGAGGACCCAACGGUAGUGCCUGCAUAUAUGUCGAACUCUGCAGCGUUCUAUGUAUCGUGGCUGGCCGUGCUCAAAGCUGGCUUUGCAUUCUGUCCAUUACCUGUGGGUGCACCCCCCGAACAACUUCGAGGCAUCGUUGAAGAGGUCGGCGCCUCUCUGAUCCUGACGAACGGCCCGCAAGUAGGUGGACGACCUUGGGAUGCCUGGUACUGCGAUGAUGACGAGCUGGCAACCUGCCUGGAUGUGAAGGAGUUCUUACGGAGCUUGUCGCACGACCCGGAAACCCGCCGCCAGUCUCUACCAGAGGUCCAAGAAAGCGAUCUCGCAUACGUUAUGUACACAAGCGGCUCGACUGGCAAGCCGAAAGGCGUCAAAAUCCAUCAUCAUGCGGCGGCAUGUUCGAUUGGAUCACACUGCAAGCAUAUUCCGGCCUCGUUCUUCAAGGAUGGCUUCCGCUGGUUCCAAUUUGCCGCGCCCACCUUCGAUCCGUCUAUCAUGGAGAUCUUUACUACGUGGUCGACAGGAGGCACACUUUGCGGUGCUCCGAGAGAUGUACUUCUGACGGAUCCAGAGCGUGCCAUCAACCAGCUGUCUGCGACAAUAAUGAUGGCCACCCCAAGUAUGGCCAGCGUUCUGCGACCAGAGAAAGUUCCAACGUUGAGACAUCUCUGGACUAUGGGCGAGAAGCUGACUCCCAAAGUCAUCAAGAACUUCUCGUAUGACUCGCCUGACAAUUCUCCGGUCGACAGCCACACACCGAAGCUACAGAUUGCACGUAGGCUGUUAAACGCGUACGGUCCUACAGAAGGAGCGAUCAACUGCAACAUCGUAGCGAACUUCUCUCACGACGAACGAGGGUCAAUCAUCGGACAGCCAGUCGACACAUGCUCCAUCCUGAUUCUUAGGCCUGAUCGGCGGAAAGCGGUGCCAGUGCCUAUGGGCUUUUCCGGAGAGCUGGCAAUAGGAGGUCCACAAGUCAGCCAAGGUUACCUCAAUCGUCCCGAACAAACAGCAGCAGCUUUUGUGACGAGCUCUACAUACGGUCGGCUCUACCGCACAGGCGACCGAGCCCGGAUUGUCAAGACCAAAAAUGGAGAACUGACUGUCGAGUUCCUCGGCCGCUUGACUACCGAUCAAGUCAAGCUGAGCGGCAGACGUGUCGAGCUCGGUCAGAUCGAAUCGACUAUUGCCGGCGUGCCCGGCGUUACAGACGCCGUGGCUAUCGUCCAUCAGCACGGCGCUGUUGGGCAAGGCAGUGAGCAGAUCGUAGUCUGCAUGGUCGCCGAUGGCGUGAAGGCCGGAGACGACCUGAUCGAUGAUGCUCGCAAGGCGGCUGAGAAGUCGCUUGCGCAGUUCAUGCGUCCGACACGCUACUUUGUGCUACCCACAAUGCCUCGGUCAAGGUCAGGGAAGACAGACCGUAAAGCACUUACUGGUAUCGUCAACGAAAUGUGGGAGACAACAAGUGAUGGCUCUCGACGUUCUUCGGACUCUGGCUACGAUACUGGAUUGGCUCAGAGUGUUGCCGACAACGCGAUGCUCGGUCUGGUGGUUGAUAUCAUUGCUAAAGUCUGCGAUGUCGACACUGUACACAUCACGCCAGGAACCCAGUUGCUUUCCCUAGGGCUGGACAGUCUGCGGGCUGUGCGACUCUUACAGCAGCUGCGAGACAAGGGCAUCUCGCAUCUCAAUGUUGCUCGUGUUGCUAGCAGUAAGACCGUCUCUGGCUUGGCAAAUGCCUGUGCUGGUGUUGGAGAUGCCGACAGCACACCAUCUACGAUCGAACAGAUCGACUGGAGACUUCGUCUAGCCGACUUCAGCAAGCAACACCUGCAUACCUGUGCUGGGCAGCUGAGCAUACCAGCCUCGGACGUGGAUCGUGUUUUACCGACGACCGCAACGCAAUCCGGCAUGAUCGCUAGCUUCCUCAGGAGCAUGUCGAGGCAACCUCCAUCUUCCACACGCAAGCGCUACAUCAAUCACAGCAUCUAUCACCAGGCUGCUGAUGUGGAUGUUACGAAGCUUCAGCAGGCGUGGCACACUGCACUAUCCCGAGCCGACAUUCUCCGGACUGUCUUCACAUCAGCAGAUGAUGAGCUUGCUCCUUUCGCGCAGUGUGUGCUUACCCCAAGCGCUGAUCUUGCUGCUGUGCAGGUACACCAGUAUACUUGCGACUUUUCACCGGACUGGGACAGUACUGUCGAGCAAGCUCAAGCAGAUGCAGAAGCUGCCAUUGGGCUUGAAAAGCCUCCGUUCAGGAUCGCGGUCAUUCAGUCCACUCAACGCACAUGUUACCUCCUCUCGCUGUUCCAUGGUAUCUUUGAUGGCGGAUUGUUGGAGUUGAUUCUGCAAGAUGUCGAAGACUUCUACUUCGACAGGCCUCUGCAGUCUAGAUCUCAGAUUGAUGUUGCCGUGCGAAAGCACUUUUCGGGGGCCAACGGGGAGAGCGUGAAGCACUGGAAGUUUAUCUUCGAGGACUUCGAGCCUGUACCAUUCCCUUGUGUUUCUGCUUCGAAGCCGGAGACACAGACACCAGAUGUCCAAGUCGCGGAGGUCAUCGGGACCACAACUCUCGACCAAAUUGCACAGGCCUCAAAGGCAGCGUCGGUCUCGCCGCUAUCGAUCCUGCAGGCCGCAUGGGCGACGGUAUUGUUAGCCUACACUGGCUCGUCAGCGGAUGUCUCAUUCGGCAGUGUUGUCUCAGACCGAAUGGAGGAAGAUCUCAGCUCGUGUGCAGCGCCCACAUUCGCUGUCGUGCCAAGCAGAGUCCUCCACCACGACAGCGCCGCAUCUUCCAUUCGUGAGAUGCUGUCAAACUUGACGAGCAAGAAUGUCGAUGCUUUACCAUACCACCACUUGCCAUUGAGUUCGUUGACCACUGCAGAAGGCACUUUACCCUAUGAUACCCUACUGGCGUUUCAAGCAUUCGACAAGUCCGCAGGCGAAAGCUCGCUGUGGAGCUCGGUUGACUAUCCAGCAAUGGAGCACGACUUCGCCGUCAUGAUCGAGGUCUGGCCUACAGCAUCUGGCCCACUUCGCCUACGGGGAACGUACACACACGAUCACUUGGACCGACUUGCAGCAGGGACUAUGUUGCGACAGCUCGACAAUGUUGUCACUUUCCUGUGCAAUAACCCCAAUCAGCCUUUUCAUGAUGCGCGAUACGCUGUAGAUUCGCGACUUCAAUCGCAGAUCCCGUCGGCGCUUGGAGCCUCGCAGCAACUACCUGAAGCUGAGCAACUCUUACACCACGCAUUCUUGCAGCAUGUUGUGACCAGACCACACGCGCCUGCUCUUCUCUUCAAGCAGUCUACCGACGAUUCCCAGCCUGAUAUAGAAUGGUCGUACAGCAAACUUCACAAUAUGGCCAGAAGCUUGGCGACCAACCUGCUUGACGGCUACGGCCCUCUGAAGAACGAGCCUGUCAUGAUCUGCAUGGAGAAGUCUGCGGAGCUAUACGUUGCAGUACUGGGAGUCCUACUUGCUGGGGCUGGUUGGUGUCCGAUCGAUCCAUAUUCACCUCCUGCGAGACAGCGUGCUAUCAUGGAGAGGACGAGUAGCCGCCUGCUUCUGAUAUCACCUACGGCGUCGAACGUGGCCGCAGAUGCUAUGCCAGAUGGUGUGUCGCAGCUUCUGGUGGACAUCAAUAUCCUCGAAGCACAAGCUGCCAAGGCAGAGUAUCGCGACUUGCCUGUCGAAGGUCAUCCCGAUGACCUUGCUUACUUGAUUUUCACGAGUGGAACGACCGGAUUGCCGAAGGGCGUACCUAUAACGCACAGAUCUGGCGCGACCGCAAUGAACGCACUCACAGAGGUCAUACCUUCAGACGUGAAAGGCGGCCAAGUCCGCUGCAUGCAAUUCUCACAGUACACUUUCGACGUCUUCGUGCAGGAUCUGUUCUACACCUGGAAGCUGGGCGGUACUGUCAUCUCGAGCACUCGACAACUCAUGAUCCAGAACUUCUCUGAUCUAGCUAACGACACGAAGGCAACUCACGCUCAUCUGACGCCUGCUUUUUCGGCAACGCUCGCUCGUAGUAGUAUCAAGACGCUGGAAGUCGUUACCAUGAUUGGCGAGAAGCUGACUGAAGCUGUAGCGGCCGACUGGGGUACAGAUAUGCGAGCUUUCAACACUUACGGACCUGCCGAAGUCACGGUUGUAUCGACGCUGCGCCAGUUCACAGGCAAGCAGGAUCCUUACCACAGCUCGAAUGUGGGCGUUCCGUUGCCAUCUGUAGGCACAUACGUCGUUGACAGCGACAACAAUGUUGUCAUGCGAGGCGCCAUUGGCGAGCUGGCGCUCUCUGGACCUCAGCUUUCACCAGGGUACUGGAAAUUGCCGGAGGUCAACGCAAAGAAGUUCAUCUGGAACGACAAAUUCCAGGAGAGGCUGUAUUUGACUGGCGACUUGGUGCGGCACCUGGCGGAUGGUACGCUCAGCUUCGUUGGCCGCAACGACGACCUUGUCAAGCUCGGCGGCAUCAGAGUCGAGCUUGGUGAGAUCGCGUUUGCUCUCCAAGAUGCGGAUCAUCGUAUUGAGAAGUUUGAGGUGCUGCAUUGUGAACGCCAAGAUGCAGAUGAGAAGUUGGUCGUGGCGUUCUUGGCCUGUCCAUCUCUAGGUGCGUCGAGCGACACGGUCCAGGCUAUCUCGUCACCUGCAGCCAGAGAUUUGGCACAUAUCGCCCGAGAGUAUGGUCGCAAAGUUCUGCCGCCAUAUAUGCUACCUACCACAUUCAUCGUCCUGCCUCGCAUCCCGCGCACGGCAUCUGCGAAAGUCGACAGAGCCGCCAUGACCGCCGUCUACCACUCCCUCGACCUUGCUACGUGGGACAGCAAUGGUCUGGAGGACUCCACUAGUAAUGACCAGCACUUGGUGUGGCGAGAGGCCAAUAGAGAGCUUUUGCAGGUCAUCGCGAACGGCCUUCGUGUAACUUCGGACUCCUUGCAUCCUGCUAGUAGUCUGCCUACGAUUGGCAUUGACUCAAUCGGCGCUAUCAGACUGAUACCGAAGAUCAACGCACUGGGCUAUAACCUCUCUGUUGUCGAUGCUUUCAAGUGCCGGAAACUCUCAGACCUGUGUGAGCUGGCCAAUGCGUCAGCGGUACCUCGUUCUGACAAGAACGAGCCAUAUCCUGAUCGAAUACUCGAAAGCUUCCAUGCCCGCUAUUAUAGUACAACGUCAGCGUACCUCGAACAAGAUGACAUUACAGUCACUCCGACGACUGUGCUUCAAGAGGGGCUUUUGAGCGAAAGCUUUAAAGACGCAGGCGCCUACUGGAGCAGUCACCUCUUCUCUUUGGAGCCCAAUAUCGACCUCGUCAAGCUCAAGCGUGCGUGGACUAAGGUUGCUAGACAGACUGAGGCACUCAGAGCUGGGUUCGUCGCUAAAGCCAUGCUUCCGAUCUCUUCUGACGCACAGAGCGGGGACGGUCUAUCAUACUUACAGGUUGUCUACGACGAGCCUGAGAUUGGUUGGACCGAACACCAAUCAGUCGCUUUCAUAGAGGACGCCGCCAGAACGAGAGUCACGGAGGUUGCCCAGUAUCACCAUCAGCAAUUGUUCAGACUACCACCUUGGGCCAUCGAUCUCUUCUUUGCAUACGACGGUACCACGAAAAUGAUGAUUACUAUUCAUCACAGCAUCUACGACGGGCCUAGCCUGAGUUUCCUCGAGCAAGAUGUACAGGCAGCAUAUCAGCGAGUAUCGAAAACACAGCAACGCCUGCCGUUGACAGAGGCUGUUGCAUCACAAUCUGCUGUAGAUGCGGAUAGUGAUGGCGUUGUCAACUUCUGGAAAGAGGCCUUGAAAGAGUUCCAUGUGGGCCCCGAAGAGCAAAGUGCGACAGAUUCGGGCUCAGCGAAAUUGCAACAUCGCAUUCAGUACCUUCGUGGCAGCACAACGUUCACUGACUUGCGCGCCGCUGCAAAAAAGCUCGGACUUACAUCGAUUGUCACGAUUUUCAGAACAGCUUGGGCGCUGGUACUCGGCGAUCUACUCGAGACGGCUCAGGUGCUUUUCGCUGAGAUCCUCUCGGACCGCAUCGUGGACAGCAAGCUUGAGAACGUUAUAGGUCCGAUGAUGUCCACAGUGCCGAGCAUGUUCGUCCGCAAGGACACGGUUGCCAUGACCUUGACUGAAUAUGAUUCGUUUGCCAAGAAGGCCUGGGAGAAUCGCAACAUCCGACCUGGUACUAUCAAAGCCUUGAUGAAGCGUGGACCAUCAUCCCAAGUGUACCCAGCAAUGUUCGCCUUCCACCCAGCAGUUGGUGACGACAAUGGCCACUCUCACAGACUAUGGCAGCGUCUGCCUGAUGUCACACAAAUCGAGGUCGAACAUCCUUAUGCCUUUAAUGUCUGGCAAGACGCUGAAGACACUGCCCGAUUCGAGUUGGCGGUCGCGGAUCACAUCAUGAACGAAGGCGAACAGGGUCUCCUUCUGCGACAGCUUGAUGCCUUGAUCGGGACCCUGGCCAAGACUUCUGAUGUCCCGCUAGCAGCAUUGACAGAGACUCUAUCACGCGAGCUGCUGUCCAUAUCUACGCCCAGGAAGGAUACUCAAUGCCCUUCCCCAUAUGGCCCGACUCACUACGUAGAGCACUUCGCUGAGAUCCACCCUGAGUGGAAGGGCGCGGAGAUAGCAUUGAAGAUUGAUUUCGACGAAACGUUGACCGAGUCCUGGACUUAUGCUGAGCUUAAUGACAAAUCCAACAGAAUCGCUCACUGGAUUCUGCAGCAUGGGGCGUCGAAUCGGACGAUGGGAAUGUGCCUAGGGCGCACCUUGGUCUCAUACGCGGUGCUUCUCGGGAUCAUGAAAUCUGGCAACUGCUAUCUGCCGAUCGACGAGAGUCUUCCAGCCGAGCGUAAGGCGUUCUUGCUCGAGGACAGCAGUGCAGCCAUGGUCUUUGCGACUCAAGACGUCUUCGAAGGAGUUCGAUUCCCUAAGUUCUGCCGUCUUGUCGAUCCCGAAAACAACCAUUUCUCGCAGUCGCUCACUAACAUGAGUGCCAAAAACCCCGAGAUCGCUGCAGAUCCUCGCGACAACUGCUACUUACUUUACACAUCUGGGUCGACUGGUAAGCCCAAGGGUGUCCUUGUCAAUAGAGGCAACCUAGCAUCUUUCGUGGAAGCACAAUCCGAGUUCAUCUGCGAUGUCACGACUACUGAAGAAGUGGCUGGACGCGGCAAGUACAUGGGCCUCGCAAGUCGCGCGUUCGACGUCCACCUCGGUGAAGCAUUCCUUGCAUGGCGGCAUGGUCUCGCUGCUCUCACAGCGCCUCGCUCGACGCUACUUGACGACCUUGCUCUAGCACUAUCGUCGCUACACAUCACACACGCCAGCUUUGUGCCAUCGCUUCUUGAUCAGACAGGUCUUACUCCAGAGGACGCGCCAGAUCUCGUCUUCUUAAGUGUCGGAGGCGAGAAGAUGUCGCCAAAGACCAAGAAGUUGUGGGGUGGUCAUGGUCGUGUCGGCUUGAUCAAUGCCUACGGUCCGACAGAAGCCACGAUCGGAUGCUGCUCCAACAGAUUGUUCCCAGACUCCAACACGAACGACAUUGGCAUACCGCUAGGUGACUCUCAGGCUCACGUCCUGAUUCCAGGUACUGAUCACUACGCUCUUCGAGGUAUGCCCGGGGAGCUGUGCUUCACUGGCAGUCUCAUCGCUAAUGGCUAUCUCAACCGUCCCGAUGCCAAAGGCUUUGUAGAGGAUUUUCAUGGCCAACGGAUGUACCGCACUGGUGACAUUGUCAAGCUGGGGAUUGACAACCACGUCUACUUCCUUGGUCGCAAAGAUGAUCAAGUCAAGAUCAGAGGUCAGCGCGUCGAGCUCGGUGAGGUGGCUGAAGGUGUUCGCACGGCAUCCAACGACCCAAUCGAUGUUGCGACUCUGGUCGUCAAGCACCCGGAGCUCUCGAGGGUGCAGCUUGUGGCAUUCAUUGCACGGACAAAAGCUCCUAAGGAGAAGUCUCAAGACCCACCAGAGAUUGUUCAUGCUCAGCUGCAGGAGACCAAUUCCACCUUGCGAGCGGCCUGUCAGAAGACAUUACCGAGCUCGACCGUCCCUGAUCUCAUCAUACCUUUGGCAUACAUCCCGCUUGCUGCCACAUCGGCCAAGGCUGACAACAAGAUGCUGAUUCAGAUCUUCUCCUCAACUUCAAUCAACGACCUGAUGCCACGUUCAUCUGCUGGUCAAAGCCCGGACGCUGUGAAUCGAGCCAUGACUGAUGUCGAGACGGAAAUCUUGGGGAUCGUGUCCUCCGUACUGAAGGAUAAGCCAAGCCACGUCACGCCUGGCUCCACGUUGUUUGAGCUUGGUAUUGACAGCUUGUCGGGCAUCAGUGUCUUCUCCAAACUUCGUGCGGCUGGUUACGACUGCAGUGUGGGAAUGGUCAUGAAGAAUCCUACCCUCGAACAAUUAGCACAGAGUGGUAGACAGGACACGACCGACGACAACAGAAGAGUCGAGGACGUCCGUAAAAAGCUUACUGAGAUAGAGCAUGCGUUCUUGGAAGGUGGCGAGGUAGGCAUCGUGAGCAACAACAUCGCGGCAGUCAGACCAUGCCUUCCACUACAAGAAGUACUGGUGGCACAAUCCAUGCAUCAGAGCCUCGACGGCUCUGAUGGAGCGUAUGUGAACCACAGAAGAUUUGGCCUUGGGUCAGGCAUCGACAUUGACCGGCUCCAAGCGGCAUGGGCUAGGCUCAUAUACGAUAACGACAUCCUCCGAACCUGCUUUUCGACACAGAAUGACGGUUUCUUGCAGAUCGUACUCAAGCCGGACGCUUUUGGACUACAGUGGGAAGAUACCCGCUUGAGCCACGAUUUUGGCAUCGAUGAUCUCCAGCGACAGAUAGGCCGCGAUAUCGUUAGCAACCUCACAACUGUACCUCCGAUGCGACUUCGAGUGGUUCAACUGCAAGACCACGAGCUAAUACUCCUCUUGUCUAUCCAUCACGCACUCUAUGAUGGCAUCUCUUUGGAGAUGAUGAUGCAUGAUGUUCGAAGCUUCUAUGAAGGCACCCUUCCUCAGCCGCGACCAAGCGUUCUGCCUUUCAUCGAGUAUCUUGCCGGCCAAGAUGAGGAUCGUCAGAAAGAGCAUUGGAUAACAUUACUUCACGACUGGCAGCAUGCUCCGCUACUCAGUGAGUCUGCCGUCAAGUUUGUCACUCUGCAGACAUCCGAGCGCACCUUCAGCCGCAAGCUGUCCGACCUCGAAGGCGACGCAACUAAACUCAACGUCACUUUCGCAACACUGCUGCAGUUCGGCUUCGCCUCGUCGAUGGCGCAAAUUGUCCGAACGCACGACUUCAUCUAUGGUAACGUCUUGUCUGGGCGUGCCGUGUCAGUGCGGGAUGUAGAUCGAGUUAUGGCACCAUGCAUCACGACCAUUCCGCAGCGUAUCAAACUGGAAGAUCCCGACGCUCAAGUCAUCGAUGCUUUGACUGCUCUACAGAAUGCCAACUCAGAGUCGUUGGAACAUCAGCAUGUGUCGCCACGAAGUAUCCAGAAGUGGACCGGCGCUGAUCGAGCGCUAUACGACUGUCUCUUCUCAUUUGUGCGUCUACAGCCGGCUACCGGACCGACUGCGACAUUCCUGAAAGAACAGGGCAGUGACAUCGGUGUUGACUACCCACUCGCGGUAGAGUUCGAAGCAGAUCCUAUGGGUGACAAGCUCGUUGUCCGCGCUGGUUUCACCGAAGCCUUUGGACCCAGUUCCAGCGCGGAGCUGUUGCUGGAAAAGAUCGAGAUUCUGGUUGAUGCAAUUGUACAACAGAACAGUCUCACGGUUGGCUCGCUCGGCAUCCCGAUCGCUGGAGCAAAGAGAAACGUGAAGGCCAGCGAGACGUACGAUGAGUCUACAUGGUUACCACUUGAAGAGCAGGUGCGAUCUCUCAUCAGCCAGUACACUUCUGUGCCAGAGCAUGAUAUUCACAAGGAUACCGCUUUCAUCCACAUGGGCAUAGACUCUAUCUCUGCCAUCAGGUUCGCCAAGCAUCUGCGUACCCAAGGACUGAAAGUUUCUUCGGCGGAUGUCGUCCGGCACGAUAGACUUGGCGCCCUGUGCAAGCAUAUUGGCUCGUCCGCAGAUCAGUCGCCUUCGAAUGUUGUGGAGCCAUCAGCGGCGCAAUCAGAGGACCCUAUCGCUGCAGUGCUGGCUUCUAACGGCGUGACUGGCAUCGACCGAGCUACACAAUGCUACGAAUGUACUCCAUUGCAGUCUGGUAUGCUAGCGCAAAGCCUGGCUACGGAAGGAGCCCUCUACAUGCACCACCAUGCCACUCGCUGCGAUCCAAAUAUUGACUUGAACCGCCUCAGACUUGCUUGGAAUUCACUCGUUGCUGAUCUGGAUAUCCUCCGAACUAGUUUUCAUUACUUGCCGGGUGAGAAAGUGCCGUGGGCUGCUGUUGUGCGUCCUACUGUAUCAUCGAGCUGGAAAGAAAUUGAGGUUGCGAACGCACAUGAGCACUGGCUGGACCUGUCCCGGAAAUCAGACUUCGUCGAGCGCAUACAGUCCAACACACCGUUGGCCAGUGCUCUCAUGCUGAGAUCCAAGGAUAGUCCGGUCCUGGUCUUGACCUUACAUCAUGCUGUCUACGACGGUAUAUCUCUGGCAAUGUUGUACCGCCAUCUCGCAAUGCGGUACCACGGCAACGAAGCACCUCAGACUACACCAUUCUACGAAGCAGCUAGAGCUGUUACGCGCAACGCAAAGGCUGCCGCGAGCUUCUGGACCGAUCACGUUCGGGACUACACAGGCGCACCUUUAUACGCAACCUCCGAGGAGCCCACCUACACCCUUGCCGAGCGCAGAGUGGCCCAUGACAUGCAAUUGCUGGAGAAUCAGUGUCGCAAAGCUGAUCUUGACAUCAAAGAUGUUUGUGUUGCGGCCUUCGGCAAAGCGAUGGCAUGUCUGUACGGAAGCCGUGACGUUGUCUUUGGCCAAGUCAUGGCAGCUCGCCACGGAAUAGCUGGUGACGACAAUGAGGUUAUUGGGCCUAUGUUCAACACGGUGCCCUUCCGUGUUACAAUCAAAGAUCAGCUCAUGACGAACUCCGAUGUUGCGAAUCAAGUCCAUGCCGUUCACGCAAAGUCUUUGGAGUACCAGCACGCUCCGCUUGCUGAGAUACAAAAGAAGUGGAGAGCUACUGCCUCUGACCCGCGAGCACAACUAAUUGACAGCAUCUUCGUCUACUCGAAGAUCGAGAAGCAAGCCUCGCAGGGCCUAGAAGUGUUCGGGCAGCCUCUCGAAGCAGAUAAAUCCCCUGUGCCAUCCGAAUACCGCCUGAACUUCGAGGUGGAGCAUACACAAGAUGGUAUGGUCGCACGCGCACUCUCGUCUAUGUCGCUUGCAGAGAUCAACAUACUCCUGGACCACUUCAAGGGUGCCGUAACAGACAUUAUCAGCCAGCCGGCACGUUUUGCGACGGCGGACCCAGACCAACUGAGAAGCUUGCCUGCUGAGACCAAGUCAGCGACCCCAUCCAUCGACUCUUUCAACCAGGUCGCUGUCGCCAGAUUUGCAGACGUCAUUCGCACCGCUAUGUCUGAGGUAGCACAAGUGCCUAAGGACAAGAUCGCCCUCGAUUCCUCAAUCUACUCCUUCGGUAUUGACUCCAUCGCGGCGAUACAAAUCGUGUCUUGCUGCAAAAACGCUGGCGUGCGGCUGAGUGUUGCCGAUAUUCUGAAAGGCGCUAUGCCCGGUAGGAUAUGCGAGAUUGUUCACAACAAAAAGACGAAGAGGGCCAACGCGAAUGAUGAGCCCAAAGCGGCCGAACUCGUUACGCCGGAGGAGGUGGAAGCCGCAAUAACGAAGCUAUCAUUCAGCAAAGAUGCUGUGGAAGAUGUGCUACCUUGCCUCCCUGGACAAUACUACCACCUUGUUAGCUGGUUACACUCAGGAAGGACAUUGUAUGAGCCUGGCUGGUCCUACAGAUCGACUUCCAGUCUUGACACCGAUCGUUUGGAAGCCGCAUGGCACACACUGCGCCGGCGUAAUGCAGUGUUGCGUACUAUGUUCGUCGCAUUGGGUCCGGAGCGAGCCUUGCAAGUUGUGCUCAAGUCAACUGCAGUCCAGGAUGAUGCUUUCGUGGUGCACGAAGACCGCUCUGGGAUAUCGCUGGAAGAUGUCGUCAAGAGUAGAGCUCACAGCGAAGCACGCAACCCCUCGGACUUCUUCUCGCUACCGAUCAGACUGCGCCUCAUCAAGACGGCUGACGGCGAUGCCGUGAUGAUCUACGUUCAUCACUCGCUAUAUGAUGCCUGGAGUAUGCCACGACUAGUGGCGGAGCUGGCCUCCAUCUACAACGGGAUCGAAGCCGAGCAAGGACCUCCUUUCGCACAGCUCGUGCGUCACACAUUGACCUCAAACGACAAGUCAGAAGAGCACAAGUUCUGGCAAGAAAGUAUGGCGGGACGUGAGAAGGCCAUCAUACCGUCGGCUUCGUCCCCGGCGGAUGAGCUUGACCGCCGUCAGAGUUUCGCCAUGGUCGAAGGUACGAAAGCUGACGUGGCCAGUCUUGAACGUGUCUGCGCCACUCACAGUAUCUCUCCACAUCAUGUCGUACUUGUAGUAUUUGCGCGAGUUCUGGCACGGGCCACAAGCACAUCAAGCCCACUUUUCGGGUUCUUCCAAUUAGGACGAUCUGCAGCCUUUGACAACAUCGACAAGGUCACUGGUCCUUGUGUCAAUACCUUGCCACUCGGCUUGAUAUCAGUCUUGUCACGGGGUGUUCUAGAGCUGGCUAGAGAGCUUCAGCAGCUGCUUGGCGCGAGAGUGCCGUUCGAGCAAACCGAUCUUCGCACCACAUUGAACGCUUUCGAUCCCACGGCAACACAGUUGCCCUUCAACACACACGUCAACCUGCUUUGGCACAAGUCCUCGUCGGUGGGUUCAGUUGCGGAGGACGAUCUGUUCAAGCCGCUUGCGAUUGGCGUGCCUACAGACUAUUCUUCGCCCCGCGUGCUACCAGGACAGACUGCUGUCGACUCACUGGAUACUACUCUACUGCCCCCCGGUCAACUGUUUGUUGAUGUUGGGCCUGGUGAGAAGGGCAUCAUCUUCGGUGCGAGGGCGGAUGCCGCGCUCAUGGAUGCCACUGGCAUUCAAGACUUCGUGGGCCGUAUCGAAGAUGAGCUACUUGCGUGUAUGAGCGAGUUGCGUGGAGGAGAGGGACAUGUUGCAGAAAGGCCACGAGAGGAGAACGUGGUGCACCAAGUGCACAUCGUUUCACAGCCUAACACAAAACAACAACGACAAGCUGUUCCGUCGAAGCUUAGCAAUGAGGCAGGAGAUGUCUUGGUGAAGAGCGAAUAA